UACUAGGGAUGGCUGACGCGAAACUAACGUUUCGACACAGUGUCGAGAUCCCGAAGCGUAGAUGUUUCGAAACACUGCUCCGAACUGUGAUUCAAAACACCCAUGUCACGUGACUAUGGCUAAACGAAGCUUCUGCGCGUUUCAUAAGUGUCUCGACCGACAGGUGGCACGCUUGCCGAGUCUGCGUUUGAUUGACAGGGGCGGGAACAAACCACACAAUCGCACAUCUGUCUCAACUGCCACAAAGUUUAAAAGAGGAGUUAAUGCACCUUCACCUCGUGGGUUUUUGUGAGAGGAGAAAGGUUUUGAGAUAGCGUUUACGAUUUAUUGACAUUUAUAGUGCGAUUUAGUUAGUUAUAUUUAGGUUACAUUUAAGUUAAAUAUAUUUACUGAUAAACUAAAGACAGUGACAGAUAGUUAGGAUAGAUAUAGUGACACAUUUAUAUAGGCUAAGUUAGAUAUUGACAGAUAGCACAGUAGUUAGAGAUAUAGAAUUUAGAUAGAUUCAUAUAUAUAUAGAUAGAUAGAUUCAUAGAUAUAUAAAUUUAUAUAUAGAUUCAUAUAUUAAUAUAUAUAUAUAUAUAGAGAGAGAGAGAGAGAUUCAUAUAUAUAUAUAUAUAUAUAUAUAUAUACUUUCAUAAAUAUAUAGAUUCAUAGAUAGAUAGAUAUAUAUAGACAUUAAUAGAAUAGAUAGAAAUGGAGGCUCCACAGAAGAGAUGCCGUAAAUCUGUGGUGUGGGAGCAUUUCCAUUUGGAAACCCCAAAUAAAGUGAGAUGUAUGUAUUGUGAUAGGCAGCUAGCCUACUUCAACAAUACAUCAUCCAUGAUGCGCCAUUUGAGGAGCACUCAUCCUGCCAUUUUGCAGUGUGCAGAGGAUGGUAACUUUCCCCCUGUACCUAGGCCUGCUACUGACACUGCUGGGCCAUCUAAACAAGGCAGACAGAGGGAAUUGGAUGAGGCUCUUGUAGACAUGGUGGUAAAGGAUUUGCAGCCCUUCACUAUCGUGGAGGAUGAGGGUUUCAUGGCUUUUGUGAACAAACUUGAUCCAAGCUAUGUCCUCCCAUCCCGGAAGGCACUUAAAACGAUGGUAACCGAAAGGUACAACAUUUCUAAGGAGAAGACAAUGGAGGACCUAAAAAAGGCAGAUUUUGUUAGCCUUACAGCUGACAUGUGGUCCUCCAUUAAUAUGGACGGAUACCUUGGUGUUACUUGCCACUACAUAACACCAGAGGCAAAGCUGGCAACUGUUGUACUGGGUGUAAGGAGGUUUUACCAAACACACACAGCCCAGCAUCUCAUGGAGGCUAAAGCUUUGCUAAUGGCCGAGUGGGGAAUAACCACCAAAGUUCAGUGUAUGGUGACUGAUAAUGCAUCCAACAUGAUCUUAAGUGCCCAGCUACUGAACCUUCGGCAUGUCCCAUGUUUUGCCCACAAUUUAAAUUUAAUUGUAAAAAAGGCCCUAGAUCAAACCCCACUCAUCAAUGAAAUACGACAGAAAGCCAGAAAGAUAGUGGGGUUAUUUAGAUCCAGCUGCAAAGCAAAGGACAAGCUUGUGGAGAUGCAGGGCUUGAUGGGCAGACCAGCUCUGAAACUGAUGCAGGAGGUGGACACAAGAUGGAACAGCACUUACGACAUGUUGCAGCGCUUGUAUGAGCAACGAGAGCCAGUGGGUGCAGCGCUAUCAAAUUUAAACAGUGAUACUGCUCCGCUGACAAGUUUUGAGUAUAACAUUAUACAAGAAUCAUUGUCACUACUGCAGCCUUUCAAACUCGCAACGACAGAGUUGUCAGAGGAACAGAGAGUGUCUGCUUCAAAGCUCAUAUCACUUUACAGGAUGUUGCAGCACAAGCUAUCACAGAAAAAAGGCCAAUCAGCACAGGAAUCAACUGCACAAUUAGGCACACACCUGCAAGAAGGUCUGCACUCAAGAUGUGGUGGGUACGAGUCAUUCAGAGCCUUGGCUCUGGCUACACUGCUGGACCCAAGGUUCAAAAAUGUGGGUUUUGGAAAUCCUGCCAAAGCCCAGGAGGCUGAAAAGCAGAUCACACUGGAGUGUGCUUCGCUGAUGCGUUCAAACACAGCAACUCCUGAGCCACAGUCAACAUCAGGCCCAUCAUCAUCAUCAUCAUCAACAACAACAUCAACAACAGAAACCCAGGACAGUUUAUGGGAACUUUUUGAUAGUCGUAUCCAUGAAACCCAGGCGACACACAGUGUCACCGUGGAGAUGGGUGUCGGUAAAGUUUCGAAGCCUCGAAACAAAUACGGCACUUUGCUUCAACUGUUUCAGUGUUUCAUGAAGCCUCGCUCUGCCCACCACUAA